AUGGAUCCUGCAUUGCUCCUAAAUCAGGCUCUCCAUCCACCUUCUGUGGACUUUCUCUCUGGGACAUCAACUCAAAGCGGCUCUGAGAACAACCUGACGUUUAUCUGCGAGUUCAAGCCUGGUCCACCACAGGUGUCUUGCGAUGAGGAUUACAAUGUUAAUAUGGACUUUGGGUCGGUGUCAGUCAUCCUCCCUGCACAGUGCAGUGUCUACCAGCUGCGGCUACGCAUCUGUAUGCAGGUACAGGAACAAAGUUGCCAUCCAGACCCACUGGCCCUAUUGGACCCAGAGAAAUACACUCUGCUAUAUGCCAGAGGGGAGGACUGGUAUGAGGCCUAUGAUGACUGCCAGGUUAUCAGGACGUUAGACAUUCCAUGGUCAUGUGACAACACUGGGCGUCUGUUGGCUCACAUAGUGGUUAAACCACUGGUGGCAGUUGAUUCAGAGGAGAAGAAGAAACAACAAGAGUGUCUGACUUACCUGAUUGGACACAACCUGGAGAAAGAAGCAUCUGACAGACUUGGCGAGCUCACAUUCACCCGCAGAAAACUGGCAUCUCCGAGAAGACAAGAGCUGAGAGAUCGGGAUGACGAGUUAUAUGCCACAGAGCCUUGGAUAACAUGCACCCCCAUUCCAGAUGACCUACAGGACCAGCUAAACCGGAAGCUUACGGUCACCCUGCAUUACAUGAGCAAGAUCAGCUUCAGCAUCCAGGUGGACUUUAGUACAACUCCAAAUGUGCUACUUCAGGUUUUUAGAAGGGUGAUGGCAGACCAGGGGCUUGAUUAUGACACAUCUGAUAGGCUGGUGUUAAAAGUCUCAGGGAGGGAGGAGUUUUUAUCUGGAGACCAUACCCUGAGCAAUUUCCUCUGGGUUCGACAGUGCAUGAAAAUCAUUCAAGACCUCCACCUCUCUGUGGUCCCUGUGACACAGCUUGGUGAUGAGACUGUCAAGUUUGUGGACUGGCCGCUCGUUGAUGGUUCCAGUGGCCAGUUCAGCUCCCACGAUGAUCUUCGCCUCGAAGGGAAGGAUCUGGAUGACAUCUUCAUGAUAUCCCUGUGGGACUGCAAUCGAAGACUUCGAGUGAAAUUGCUUGGCUUUGACAUCCCAAAACUUCCAAGCAAAUGCCCCCAGUCUGUUUACGUAAAGGCAUCUAUACUUUAUGGUAACAAGGUUCUCUCUUCAGUGUCCUCAACUCCAAAGGCCUUUGCAGAUGAAGUGCUGUGGAAUGAGUGGCUGGACUUUGAUGUUCUCCUCCGGGAUCUGCCACGUGGAGCCAAGCUGGGUUUUACUAUUAACGCUACUGGUGGUGACAUCUCUCCAGUAACCAGAGACACAAAGUCUACAGUAACCAAAGACUUAAAGCAGCCAUUGUCUUCAGUCAACAAAGCACCAGACCUACAGAAAGGGAAGGGAAGGGUGCUCUACUUUGUCAAUCUUCUCCUCAUUGAUCACAGAUCCGUCCUCAGCCAGGGCCCCAACACCAUGCACAUGUGGUCGUACCCUGACGUGGAGGAAGAAGCCAUCACCUACCAGGCAGACAAGCUGUCCUCUGCUACUAAUCCAGACAUAGCUGACUCCAUGGCUAUCAGCUUCCUUCUAGACCGCUACAGCUUCCCUGUGGUUCUACCAGAGAGCUUCAGCACCUCUGAAUGCUCCGACAGUCCUGCCUCCAGCCUCACCCUGACCAAACCUUCUGCUUCCUCUAUUGCCCUCUCCUCCUCAGCCUCCUCGGCCUCCUCACCCCCUUCCGCCUCAUUCAGCGCAGAUUCUUUCUCUCUGAAUGUCCAGCACUCACUGACUGACACUGUCACUCUCAGAAGCGCAUCUCCAGUCACCAACACCAACAGGGCUUGCCUCAAAAGGUUCAGGGAGGAAAGCAUCCGAUAUGCUUCGAAUCUACCCCAAUUUCUGCGCAAUGUUGAUUGGAUGGACCGCAGAGUGGUUGAAGAUGUCCACUGGCUACUGGGAAAGUGGGAUCCCGGAGAACUGGAUGUAACAGUGGCCCUGGAGCUGUUAAGCAUGGACUUUGCUGAUGGGAAGGUCAGGAGACUAGCAGUCCAGAGAUUGGAGAGCCUUUCCAAUGAUGAUCUGUUGAAGUAUUUGCUGCAGCUGGUGCAGACCCUCAAAGUGGAACCUUACCAUGACAGUUUCCUCGCUCGGUACCUCAUCCAAAGAGCUCUGCGGAGCAAGAGAAUCGGCCACUUCUUCUUCUGGUACGUCCGCAGUGAAGUGGCAGGAUGUCCGUAUUUCCGCCAGCGCAUGGCUGUGAUUCUGGAGGCCUACCUGCUGGGCUGUGGUCAGGCCACGCUCGACAGCUUCACCCAGCAGGUUCAGGCCGUGGAGGCCCUGCAUGAGGUUGCUAUAAAGAUUAAAAAACUCUGGCCUGACAAGACCGACCUUCCUCCUUCAGCUCCGCUGAAGCUUCAAGAGCUUAUUAGAAGCUCUACUCUGCCAGAUGAAUUCCUGCUGCCCUUUGACCCCCGCAUCAAAGCUGGAAGGAUCCUGCUGGACAAAUGCAAGGUGAUGGCGUCUAAGAAGAAGCCACUGUGGCUGGAGUUCUCCCCCAUGCCAUCCCCCACCUCUGUUACACCUGUCGGAAUAAUCUUCAAAGAGGGGGACGACCUCAGACAGGACAUGCUGGUCAUUCAGACGCUGGUGGUGAUGGACUCUAUCUGGCAGGAGAAAUCUCUGGACCUGAACCUUGUUCCAUAUGGCUGCAUCUCCACAGGACACAACAUAGGAAUGAUUGAGAUUGUGAGGGAUGCAGCGACCAUUGCUUCAGUCCAGAGGAGCCUUGGGGGAACAAAUGGAGCCUUCAGGAACGAUGCUCUGUUUGAGUGGCUUAAAUCCAAAUGUCCACUCCAGGAAAUACACUACAAGACUGUGGAGAGAUUUGUGAAGUCCUGUGCUGGAUACUGUGUGGCCACAUACGUCCUGGGAAUAGGAGAUCGACACAAUGACAACAUCAUGAUCACAGACCAAGGGAACCUGUUUCACAUCGACUUUGGUCACAUCCUGGGGAACAGGAAGCACUUCCUUGGCGUGAGCAGGGAGCGUGUACCAUUCGUCCUCACACCUGACUUCCUGCAUGUCAUGGGCAGAGGCAAAGGACGCAACAGCCUCUAUUUCCAGCGCUUUAGGGACACUUGCACCGAAGCGUACCUCUCUCUGCGCUCACACUCUCGUCUGCUGGUCACGCUUUUCUCCCUCAUGCUGCUGACGGGCAUCCCAGAGCUGAGUGCUGCAGAGGACAUGUUGUACCUGCGGGAGGCGCUCCAGGAGGAACAAAGUGAGGCUGAGGCCAAGGAGCAUUUCCUCCAGCAGAUCACUGUGUGUGAGAAGCAGGGCUGGACCGUGCAGGCCAACUGGUGGAUCCACAUGGUGGCAGGCAUCAAAUAG